AUGCGGCAGAAAAGCGCCAAGAUUUCGCAUAAGCGAUUUCUCCACACCCCAAAAAAUUUCGAACCGCCCGAAAAUUCGCAGCCAAUCCGCCCGCAACCGCCGCAGUAUCAGAGCUCUCUUUCUCUGUUCACCGAGUCUGCUUGCACCCGCCGGGCCGUUGACUUUCGUUUCGCUCUGCAGCCCUCCUACCAACCCUUGUGGCCGAUACGAGAAAGCCUUUGGCUUUUCAUUUACACAAGCAAAGAUCUCAACAAUAAAGAGAAGAAGCACGGGAAUAUGGCGGAAUCUACUCUGCAGGAUCGCCUGCGCGAGCACUCAAAGGCCUUUGAUGGUCUUUUGUCCCUCAUUCCGGCCAAGAUGUACUAUGGAGAAGACAACUCUGAACAAUGGAAGCGGACGAAGCAGACGAAAGCCGAGGCCAAAGCGGCAAAGACUGCCAAGCUGGAUCCCGACAGCGAACUGAACCGCAACGCAAAGGAGGUCAUGGACGAGCGGGCGGCGCGCAACAAGCGCAAGUUGGAGGCAAUGCAGGAGGAGGAGGACAAGGAGGAUGACGACGACCAGCCUAUCCCCGGCGUGCAGAGGGAGCUGCCAGGGCAGGGCCUCCGGAACAAGGACUACAAGAAGCAGAAGAUGGCCGACCUCCCGAUCGACACGAUUGACGAUGCCAACCCUGCCGAGAUGUCACAGAACCAGCUCAUGAGAAUGGCGAAGAAGGAGGCCAAGCUGGAGAAGCGCGCGACCAAGAAGGCGAAGAAGGCCGAGAAGAAGGCUGCCAAACUGGAGGCCGGUGGCGGCGACGCCGCUGCCACGGUUGCCUCUGCUGUUGCCCAAACACCGGAGGCCAAGGAGUCCAGCAAGCCGGCCGACACCAAGAUCGCAAAGUCCCCGUCCGCCAAGAAGGAGUCCAAGAAGCAACAGAAGAAGGCCGAGUCCAAAGACGCCAAGCCCGUCACCAACGACCACGACAGAGACGACAAGGACGAGGAGUACGAGACCGUCGACGAGGACGAAGACGAGGCCCAGGCCGCGACAACGGCCGAUCUCAACCCUCUUGACAUCUCCGGCCUCGACAACCAAAAGCCCACAGAGUCCAGCGGCGCCUCGAGCCCCACCUCGGCACCGGCCUCGCCCACCUUCGACACCGCCGCUACUACUACCACCGCCGGCGCGAGCGGGAGCGCGAGCACGACGACCUCGACCAGCUCCACCGUCCCGCCCUCCGAGAAGCCGAAGCACAUCAAGCUCCCCGCCGACACCUCGGCCCUCCGCGCCCGCCUCGCAGCCCGCAUAGAAGCCCUCCGCGCAGCCCGUAAAGCCGACGGCCCGGACGGAAAACCCAUCCGCACGCGCCAGGAGCUCAUUGAGGCGCGCCGCUUCAAGCAGGCCCAGCGCAAAGAGCACAAGAAGGAGCUCCGCACCAAGGCGAGGCUCGAGGAGGACGCCCGGCGCGAGGAGACGCUCGCGUCCAACUCGCCCAGCGUCAUGUCCCCCCGCGUCGGCCUCGGCGGCGACGACGGCGACGAGGAACCCGCCAACUUUGCCUUUGGUCGUGUCGCGUUCGACGACGGCACGAAGCUCUCGCACGACCUGUCCCACGCGCUCAACACGCACAAGAAGCGGGGACCCUCAGACCCCAAGACGGCGCUCAUCAAGAUUCAGAACCAAAAGAAGCGGCUUGCGGCGCUCGAUAAAGAGAAGCAGGCCGACAUUGCCGAAAAGGAGCAGUGGCUGAUUGCGCGGAAGCGGGCCGAGGGCGAGCGCGUGCGCGACGACGAGCAGGCCCUGAAAAAGGCUGUCAAACGUAAAGACCAGGCCAAGAAGAAGAGCGAAAAGGCGUGGAAGGAGCGCAGCGACGGGGUGGCCAAGUCGAUUCGCGACAAGCAGAAGAAGCGCGAGGACAAUAUCAAGAAGCGCAAGGACGAUAAGCUGGCGCACAAGCUCGGCCGCAAGAGCGGGAAGAAGGUGGGCGGUGGCGGGGCGAAGAAGACCAAGGCGCGUCCUGGCUUUGAGGGCAGCUUUGGCGGUGGCAAGAAGAAGAAAUGA